GAAUCACUGAGGGCCCUGAAGCUUACACAUGCCGUAUUGAAAACAAGCUCACUUCAUACUUUGGCUCACAUAGCAAGAGGAGCUCAGACCAUCCAGUGUCAUCAAUACAUUCAAUGUGGCGCCAAUGGCCAUCCAGAAUGCAAGUGAAGCUGAGCAGAUGCACCUGAUCCAAGUUGACCCGGUCCGGAGGAAUAUAUCAUUGGCACUGACCCAGAUCUUUGUGUGGCCGUUCAUUUACCUCAUCUUCUUCAUGCUGUUAACAUUCUCCAGGAAAGAAGCGUUCAGAACAGACACACGUUAUAUACUGUUCGGUCACUCUCUCCUUGUAGAUCUAAUGUUUCUUUUGCUGACAGAUUUAGUAGUUAUACUUUCAUACAAUGUUGUGUUAAUACCACUGCACUUCUGUGUCCCUGUUUGUAUGUUAAUUGAUACUAUAACAGCAUGUGCACCAUUAACCAUCAUGGCCAUGUGUCUGGAGCGCUAUGUGGCCAUUUGCAUGCCACUGCGACAUAAUGCCAUCUCCACCUCUAGAAGAGCACUGAUGGUCAUUCUCAUGAUUUGGAUUUUGAGCUUCAUAAGCCCAUUUGUCGAUAUGCUCAUCCUGGUUUCCACCGCUUCUCGUGAAUACCUGUCUCAAAAAACACACUGUCACUAUGAGAUUAUGAUCCCGGAAGGGAUUCGCCGUUUUGGCAGGGGUCUCUUGUUUAUUGUGAGGAUGUUGAUUAUCCUCAUCGUUGAGGUGAUCUGUUAUGUAAUGAUAUUCCUCGCCGCACGUGCGGCCUCUAGUGACAAAAAAUCUGCAUCUAAAGGACAACGCACAAUUUCCCUGCACAUCAUUCAGCUUUUUCUGUGUUCAGUGGAGAUUGUGUGUCCGUACAUUGAGAACGUAGUAAUGCAAUAUGACAUUCAAACAUAUCUGACUGUGCGUUUUGUCAAUUUCCUGGUGUUUAGUAUCACAUCACGAGCAGUAAGUCCUCUUGUGUAUGGUUUUAGAGAUGAGAAAUUCUAUGCAGCUAUGGUUUAUUACCUGGGAUGUAAAAUAAAUGUGAUCUCAUCUGACACAGAUAGAUAAACAUGAUAAUCAACUGGUGAAGCCUGUGAUGUGUUUAGUCAGAACAUGAAACUCAAAAGAUCAAAAUGCACUGGAAUCCAUUGUACAGUUAUUGAAACUCUAUAAUGUAUAAAAUAUAAACAAAAGGCUCAGAAAGGCUCAAAAAUACUAGAAGUUCACUUUAGACAUUAGCACAGUUAUAAUCCAUAUAUGUGCAACCAUGAUCAUACAGCUACAGUAUGUGUAAAAUGUUAUGUGACCUUUACUGUACAUGUGACACGAUGCAAUCCUCAAACAGCCCGUGUUUCCUGUUAUUUGGACC